GCACGGAAAGUAAACACAACAGCGAGCUCGAACUGGCGGGAAGCUUGAGGAAAAAGAGCAACACACCGUGGGUCUGAUUAUGUCUAACACACGUAAAGAUUUAUCCCGCUGACUUAUUCGACGUUUAUUAAGACGACAGUUAAUUUCUGCCUUUCUGUCAAAGCCGCAGGAGAAAGAGCACCGUUCAGACAUAUUUGAGAGAAACUAGAUUUUCUUUUAGUCGUCUUGUGGCUAGUUAGCCUAACGUUAGCUACUUGAUUAGUUAAUUUAGUUGGUCUCUCGACGCAGAAUCCAAACCCGCGUUUUUUGCCAUAAACAAAUCAUAUCAUGGUUCAAAUAGUCAUCUCAAGUAAAGCUGGGGAAGGUCCUGCUGAAUGGUUGUUGGUGGAGUUGCAAGGAGAGAUGGUGUCGAGACAAAAUACUGGGCUGGCUGGAAAUCUUAUGGGAGACCUACACUACACGAAAGAGGGUGUACCGGUGCUAAUUGUGGGGCAUCACAUCCUCUAUGGGAAGCAGGUCAAACUGGAGAAACCAUUUGCUGUCCUGAUGAAGCACUCUGGUCUCCCUCAGGAUGAUGAGGUAGCCAUGGAAAGUAGCCAAGAGAAGCCUACCACCUACUCUGUUUCUGCCCUGAUCAAAAAGAAGCUGAUCUUUAAAACCCGUCCUAAACCCAUCAUUACUAAUGUGCCCAAGAAAGUUUAGCUAAUCUGCAGCGAGCUCGAUAUUUAUUGUGAAAACAUACCAUUCUCAAAAGGUACGUUCUUACCAUCUUGUCACAUGAAAGCACAACGAUCUCUCAAGUCUGUUAACUACUUCUCUUUUUUUCACUAACUGUUCUAUAAGAUGAAGUUGGAUGUGGAAUGGUGAAAAAUCUUCUUGGGACAUGAAACUAAUGUGUGUUUUAGCCAAAUAUGGUAAACAUGAAAACCAUGUUUACUGGCGGCAGAAGAUAAGUGCUUCUUGUUUGAAUAUAUUUAAUAUUGUUUCAUCACUGCAAACAUGUGAAUAAUAGAUGUGCAAGUUCAUUAUUUAGGACAAAAACAUUUAAUUAAAAAAAGUUUAUUUUUUAUAAAAAACAGUUUAAAGGUAUAAUAACGAUCUGCAAAAAUAAACACAGUUAAUAUUGCAAUAAUCAUAUAAAACUUUUUAAAAAUUGUUCUUGUACAUAUUUAAGUAUUUACACAAUAAAUUUAUGAGGUCAAACAGUAUGGCUACUGUUUCAGUUGUUCACACAAAGAAAGCAUGUAAUGUGAUGUCACGACAGUCUGAUAAAUGUUGGUAUAAUGAAAUACAUUUAAAAGUGUCUCUUAGUUGCCUAUUGCAGUUUUUGUAGAAAUGUUGUGUAUUGUGAAACAGGCAGUUGACUGACCAUACUCAGUUUUGACCUAGGUAGAAU